AUGACAACCAACCAUGCUCGAGAAUAUUGGUUGCAGCCCCGAAGACUCUAAAGUUGUUGCCUGAUCAAUAUGGCGAGAAAUGACCACCGUUGCGCAGGACAGCGGGGCUGCGCCGUAAGCCACACGCGACUGAUGAUCGACAGAACCGCAGCUGGACGCCUUGCGCGUUGCUUGCCGCCGGCUUCAGGCUUCACUUUCGCACAAGUGAGCUCUGUGGGUGCCUGAACUCUGCAAUGCCUUUUAGGCUGCCAUUCAAUUGACUUCGAGGUCGCUUCGCCCGCUCAGCUGAAUACGAGACCGCACGCCAUCGCUGACCACUGGCUCAUUCGACCCCGCAACACGCCCCGAGGAACGCCAGCCCAUUCACGCGCCUGUUGUUACCAGUGACCCUCGUGAGGGGAAAUGAGCACAUCACUUCCUUACAGAGGGAGCAGUGUUCCCUUCGCCUUCAACCCGGGGUCCAGUGCGAAUUUGGCAAUUGGCGCUGCUUCGAGCGCGAGCGCUAGUCAGGAUCGCCUGAUAGUUGGUGUCGACUUUGGUACAACGUAUAGCGGUGUGGCUGCUGUCUAUUCAGCGACUCCGGACGACAUCGACAUUAUUAAAACCUGGCCCGGCGGCAAUGGAAUCACCUCAGACAAAGUGCCUACCGAGAUCGGCUAUACCGAAGCGAAGCCAUCGAAUGGCUCGACGUCGUCCCUUGAAAACUCGACAAAGCCCACAGCCAAUGUCAAAUGGGGGUUUCAAUUCAAGCCGGAGGAAACCCGCCUGCGAUGCAUAAAGCUUUUCCUCGACCGCAACCAGAAGCUGCCACACUUCGUUUCGCCACUGGAGACUGCAGCGCAACUCCGCAAAUAUGACAAGACGGUCAACGACGCCGUGACGGACUACCUGUCACAAAUAUAUAAUCACACGAUGGAGACCUUAACGAAGAGGUAUGGAGAGACAUUUAUGAGUUUGACAAACGUGCAGUUCGUCUUGACUGUUCCAGCUGUGUGGUCAGACUCAGCGAAGGAUGCCACGCUGAAAGCUGCUGAGAGGGCAGGCAUGGGCAACAGGCAUGAUCUGAAAAUCAUCUCCGAACCUGAAGCUGCAGCAGUGUAUACUCUGAAAGCUAUACAGCCGAACCACCUCAAGAUUGGGGACAACUUCGUCGUCUGUGAUGCUGGCGGAGGCACAGUCGAUCUGAUCGCGUACAAGAUUACCCAGCUAGCUCCUCUUCGAGUUGAGGAAAGUGCGGUCGGGACGGGCAACCUAUGUGGCUCGGCCUUCCUCAAUUACCGCUUCGAAGAUCACGUCAAGCAGCGAAUAGGCACAGAGCGAUACGAUUGGAUGCGCGAAAAGAAGGCGAAGACGUGGAACAUGGGACUGAAGUAUUUCGAGGAGUUCGUGAAGCGCAAUUUUAAUGAAGAGGAAGACGCCGAAGUCAACGUGCCUUUUCCUGGAUUGCCUGACGACGAAGAGGCUGGCCUUGACUCCGGAUUCCUCGUAAUGAGCAGCGAGCAAGUAAAGAGCAUAUUCGAUCCUGUUGUGCAGGAAGUCAUCAACCUGGUGGAAGGACAGGUGGACACAAUUCGAGCUAAUGGCGGCCUUGUCUGUGGAAUUGUUCUCGUAGGCGGCUUUGGCCAAAGCAAUUACUUGUAUGCUCGUAUGAAGUCGCAUUUUAACAGCGCGCCACCUCCGCCUUACUCCGAACGGCCAACUCACGCGAUCGCCAUGGCUGCCUCACAAUCCGUCGAGAUCUAUCAUCCGAUCCACGCUUGGACGGCGGUGGUGAGAGGCGCAGUGCUUCGAGGCCUUGAGGGUAGUAUGGUUGUCAGCAGGAGAAGUCGAUGGCACUACGGCACGAGUUAUGCUACGGUGUUCGACGAGGCGAAGCAUCCUAUCUCUGACAGAUACUGGAGUCCACUUUGGGAACGGUGGAUGGUGAGCGAUCGUAUGCAGUGGCACAUUGCGAAGGGUGCGCAAGUGUCAGAAUCGCAACCGAUCUCGUUCCAUUACACACGAAAUUUCCGACCUGGUCAGUCGUUAAUCGUCGAAGACGAUUUGAUUGCCUGCGAUAUGGAUGUUGCACCAGAUUCCUUCCGAAAGGGUCUUAUCAACGUAUGCACGCUCACGACGGAUUUAAACACUGUACCGAAGACUCUCUUCACGCGUUUGACGACAACCAAAGGUGUUGAGUUCGAUAACUUAGACUUCACACUUGACAUGCGGAUAGAAAGUGCAGGUCUGGUCUUUGAGCUCAAAGUCGAUGGGGUCAGGUAUGGAGGUGUGCAGGCAAAAUUCCAUUGAAAGACAGCUGCACCACCACAUACGCCAGGAAAAGGCCUCCCGUCAAAUACCAAAACCUCAACACCCAGCUUUGAGCUGCCACAUAUGGCAGCUCACACAUAAACCCGCAAGCUUCGCCUUCUCCACUUGCACCUCGAACUCGUUAGCUUCACGAUCUUCCAGUGUAUAGGUCCUACCCCAGACGAAGUUUGAGGCUGACCUCAGAGCUGAUUUCAGAGCCUCUAUAACAUCAUGAUCCUUAUCGAUUAACUUACGUUCACAGUCAACGUCAACCAGCGACGAGGCACUGAAGCUCCAGCAGAGUAAGGGCAAGGAGGCGUGUGAAUGGUUGUUGUUGGCCCAGCAUGAGAGCAUUCUUCAAAUGUGUAGACUUGUUGGAUACACAUCUUGUCGAAACAUAGAUACCCCAACAGCCGGAGAUGUUGCAUAUCGCGACAAGACGAAUGAUGAUACAUACCUAUGCAAGCUGAG